AUGAAGCCCACCCCUCACGGGAGGAAAGAAGGGGCUCCCAGAGGCCGACCACCUGCCAGGAGCCCCAGUUCUAGGAAGCCCCGAUGUCAAGCCCCGGCUAAGAACUCGGAGAAGACUGCGUCCGCGGGGCUGUCCCCGCUCGCUGGCACUGGCCGCGGCAAGGCCGCCCCAGCCCCGGGCUGCCCGCACACGUCCGCACGCCGUGUCCCCGCGGGGCAAGCGGCGCCCGGCCGCGACACCGGAGAGCGCGCGUGUGCACCUGCCGUGCGCAGUGUGUGCGGGCGGCGCCCGGCGCGGACAGUCUGCGGACGCUCCGCAGGUGGCCCCGAGCCCAUCGGACCCAGCUGCCCGGCGCGGUGGCUGCAGGUGGCCCAGCAGGACGACCCCGCGACAUGCCACUCCCCGAGGAAGCUCCCGUCCCCUCCCCCAGGGCGCCGGGGCGAGGGGGACCGGGCCUGCGGGGGGAGGGGAGGCGAGUCGCUUGGCGGGUCUCUGGCGCCCCCGCGUGGCCAAGUCCCGCCGCGCAUCCAUCUCUCAUUUGACCCUGGAAAGGACGAACGGCGGUUCGUCCUUCGCCUCCUAAGUCUUUGCCGCAUCUUCACGGCUACCCGGCGAGCCUCGGGGCGGGAAGUGGCCGCCGGGCGGGUCUGGGGACCACGUCUGAAGACGUCUCGCGGCCUCCUGCGCCGACCCUCCGCGUCCCAUUCUGGCGAGAACCAGGAGAUCAACCUCCGGCGCCGCCGAGGGCCCUCCCGGCGGGAGCCCGCGGGUCGGCAGGAGCGGUCCCGGGGCGCCCUCCAGCGGCCGCGGCCCGGAAGGCAGCCAACCUGCAGGACCCCCGGCGGGGAGCGGGGGCUGGCGGUUCCCCAGCGUCCGGCCUCCGACGCCUCCGCCCGCCGGCGCCCCGCUCCUGCCGGGCUGGGGGGAUCUAGGAGCCGAAGGGAGGCUGCCGUGGGGCAGGAAAAACGAGACGCCUUCGGGGGGGACGCCGAGGGGCGGGCGCGGCUGCGGGGGGGACCCCGCGCCAGGCCGGGUCUGGCUCGUCCGGGUCAGGGCGUCGUGCGGCCCCGGUGUCCUUCCCGGGCCCCGCCGAAGCCCCGCGGGCCGCCCCUGGAGCGGAGCCGGCGGACGCCGUGCUCGGGUCGCGGCCUGGGGCGGUUCGCCCGCUUGGCCGGGACGAGCCCCGAGGUCCGGGCCACUUCCGUGCCCAGUCGGUGGCGUUCACCGUGCGGCGCUGUCGUGCGCGCGUCGUCGCCGCGGGGUCCCCGAGCAGCCGCCGCCAGUGCGCGGCGACCCGGCCCGGUGCCUCCGCCCGCGCGGCCUCUCGGGACCCGCGGGGCGCACCGCGGGGCGGGGUGCGGUCCCGCAAGCUCGCCCCGCCCUGCGCUGGCCGCGUCCGUGAGCGCCGCCGCGGGACCCCCGUGCGGCCGCGGGUCCGAGCGGCCUCCCUCGGGCCGGACACUCCGCCGCGCGCUUCCCCUGUGCCGGGGCUCGCGGAAGCUUGCGCUGUCCCCCCUCGUCCGGCUGGGGCGGUGCGGGACGCGGCGCGCCAGCCCCGCACGGCCGCGCGCUCCCACGUCCCACCGCCGCGUCCCUCCGCCCCGGGCUGUCGCCGCAGCGGCCCGAGGGCUACAGGGCGGGACCUGCUUUCUCAGACGUCUGUGCGCGCGAGCCGAGAGCGGGGCCUGUGCGGGGGCCGGGCAGAGGCAGGCGGAAGGGGGAGGCCGCUGCCCGCGGAGCAGGGAGUCCCGUGCGGGCCCAGUCGCAGGACCCCGGGAGCGCGACCCGAGCCGACGGCAGACGCUGCACCGACGAGCCCCGGCGCCCCCGAAAGCGACCUUCUCCUUCGCUACUCUGUGUCCACUGAUGGCGGCUGGUCGGGGGCCGACGACCGGUCACCGCCAGCCCCACCCCCGCCGACCUUCAGGGACGCCGCUGCUGUCCGCGGGGGUGGGCUCGUGGCUUUGGGAUGCGCGGGAGCAGGGCGAGGGGCGACCAGAGGCGGCGGGGGCCGCCGUGACACCGCGACACCGUGCGUGGGCGCCCCCGGCCCGCGCGGCGCGGGGCCUUCCGGUCGGCCAGACCGCCGCCCCAUGCACGGGCCCGCUACGGAGGGGGGGGGCGCGGCCUCGAUCGCGGGCUCACGGCGCCCACUGCCGGACCGCAGCCGAGCGUUCCCGGAGGGGCCCCGCCGCCGGCCCCGCCCCCGCCGCGCGGCCCUCCAGGAACGGCGCGUCCAUUGGCCAACAGCGCGACGGCCCGGGCCAAUCGCGCGAGGGAGGCGGCCCAGCGCCCAGUGGGAGCGCGGUGGGCGGGGCUGCGUGCGCGUGCGCACUGGACCCACUGCGGCCCCGCCCCGUCCGACCGGGGUUCCCGCGCGGGCUUCGCCCCUGGCCGGCUCUGGAAGCCUGGGCGCCCCUCCCCGCGCCGGCCUCGCCGGGUGCCCCGGCAUCGGCCCCCGCCCGCCCCUCGUCGGCCCAGCACGCGCGGACCCUCCACCCAGGACCGGGAGGAGGAAGCGCCGGGUCGCCGCGGCGUCCUCACCCGGCGGGCGUCCGCGCGCCGCACAAAGGGGAGGCGCGGGCCGGGCGAGACGGCCCUCGGGGCGCGCUGGGCGGCAUCUGGCCGCGCAUCUGCGAGACAAAGGCGUCCCCGGGCCGCGAGGCCGUAGCGGCGGGGGCCCCGGCAUAG